AUGACUACUUCAGCUUCCCGUGGUGAAGUGAAAGAAGUGCUUGUUUAUUGGCCAAAAUCAGCAGCACAACGUGUAUCAGCUGGAAAUGUCAUUUGGUUUAUGCAACUAACGAAUUUAAUAAGUUAUGUAUACGAAAAGUGCACGAAAACGGAUACACUUGACAUUCAUUUACCCGGUGAAUAUUACGAUCGACUGGUACAAAAUGACAUAUGCCGCUUAAGUCAAGUUCGUUGCAUUCAUUUAUAUUACGAUGAUACUAGAAGUUUAACCGAUUGUCAAGUUCCUUCAAAAGCUAUACCUGGCAAAUUAAAGCUUCACCAUGAACGAGACUUGGAGAAACACUUGUCCAAUGCUCAAACAAGCUUAGCGGUUGACCCGUCACGUUCGAUUGAUCGUAGACUAAUACACGAUGUUACAGCUGCUGCUAUGGAACGAAUCGGUGCUAAGCGUCCAGAUACUCCUGAUUGUGACUUUCCAACAGCUAAACGAGUUCCUGGUGCAUCUCAACGAGAAGAUACCGCAAACGUCGAUGAAGGAUCGAUUUGUGCAUAUUGUAAGUUGAAGGUUCAGGAACUACGCCCACUUUCCUGUGGCCAUCAUUUUUGUAAAUUAUGUGUUAAUAGUCAAAGCAGAUGUUUGAAAUGUCCUACAGCGCCGACCAGACAACAAGCCCGAUCAAAUCAAACUUGCCUUAGUCAAACAGGAACAGUGUCUAAAAUCUCAGUUAUCGAUCAACCGACCGCGCCAUUGAAUCUCAGUCGAAAUCAGCUCGAUCGAAAUCGCACGAUUGCUUCUAUCUACAACAAUGGACCUAGUCAGAUGAUAAUAGAUCGCCUGUCUUCUAGCUCAAUUUUGACGUCAAGCGUUCGAUUAUUGAACACUUAUAACACUAUCAAACGCAAAUAUGAACUCAUCGAACUCCAACAAGAAAUAGCUCGCUUAGAUAACCUUAUCGAACGCAAACGCGCACAAUUAACCUACGAUGCUAUCAUAAAAAUGAUUAGUGCUCAAGAUAAGUUAGCUCAGGAUAUUUCAUUUAUCAAAAAAGCAUUAGAAAAUCGAUGCCCUAUUUCUGUUGAUGGCUCGUAUGUUUGGAAAAUUACUGGCUGGAAUGAAAAGAGUAGAAAUGCCUUGGUGAAUGGACAAGAGUCAAUCAGAUCUCCUCUAUUUUGCUCAUCUGCAGCUGGUUAUAAAAUGUGCUUAAUGUUACAUUUCAAUGCCGACAUCUCUCCACGUGGUGCAAAUAUGUCUCUAUACCUAGUCUUAAUACAAGGUGAAUAUGAUGCCAUCCUUCACUGGCCAUUUAAAUAUCGAGUUACGUUUUCGGUUUUUGAUGGAACAUCAUUUGAAAACGCAUCGUCAAAAUCAGUCUGGCCUGAUACUGCAUCAAAUGGCUCCCAACGUCCAUCAACUAGUUCGAACAUUGUCUGUGGCAUUUCAAACUUCCUGCCUCUUCGUUUACUUGAACAAGACGGCAAUCAAUACGUCCGCGACGAUACGAUGUUUAUCAAAGUUUUCGUCGAUUUUAUUACUGAACCUCCAAGUGCUAUAUCAUACAUUGCUUGUAGCACGGCCAUGCAACCGGAUGACGGGAACUGCGCCGAUAGCGAUGGUUCCAAUAUGGAUGCCUUGGCUUCUAUUAAUAGUAUUCAACCGUAG